AUGGGGAAGGUUCAGAAAAACCCGAUGAGGUCAGAUACAGAAGCAUUUCCAUUAUGUCGACGCGCACUUAUAUUGGGUUUGACUGAAUAUGUUGUUGUGGCUUCGUUCAUCGAAUUUCUCCAUUCUCCUUUUCUGAGAAGUACAAUUCUAUGGGAGACCGAUGAUUUCUUAAUUCGACCGCCUUUUAUCCAAUCCGAAAGAUGGUAUGCCAUCUUGCUGCUGUUUAUUAUUUUCACAACCGGGUAUAUCUUACGGUAUUUAUACUGGCUUACAUUAUCAGUUGGGUAUAGCAUCCUUCCUGAGCAGCGAAAGGACAUGAUCAUGAGAUGGGAUUUGUGGUACUGGAAGAGAUCAUAUUCACAGCCUGAUUUUUUAAAAAUGGUUCCCUGGUAUUCUGGAACAUCAGCUGACCUAUACAAAACUAUAUAUGACCUCAUGGUGUCAGUAAAUAUCUUCCAAGGUCGCUUUGACUUGCGCAUUUUGCAGGCAGCUCUGAAUCAUGCCCAAAAUGGAGCUGAUCAACAAGAGAAUUUGUUGCAUGAUUUUAGUGGAAAUGCAGAAGAGCUGUGGUUUGACUUCAUGGCUGAUACUGGUGAUGGUGGGGAUUCAACAUAUACUGUGGCACGGCUACUUGCUGAGCCUCACAUUUGUUUUGCUAGCUGUAUCUUAAAACGCGGAGACUUGCUACUCAUUGGAGGGGAUCUUGCGUAUCCUAAUCCAUCAAAGUCUACAUAUGAACAGCGCCUCCUUCGUCCUUUUGAGUAUGCUCUUGAUCAGCCUCCUGUUAAUUAUGAGGAGGCCGAUCAUCAUGAUAGACCUCAAUGUUUCGUUAUUCCCGGAAAUCAUGAUUGGUUUGAUGGUCUUCGUACCUUUACGAAGUAUAUAUGCGAGAAGAGGUGCUUGGGCGGGUGGUUUAUGCCUCAAAAGACGACUUAUUUUGCUUUGAAACUUCCUCAAAGAUGGUGGAUAUUUGGUUGUGAUCUUGCACUAGACGGUGAUCUUGAUACUUAUCAAUUCCAAUUCUUCUUAAGAAUCGCAAGGGAAAUGAUUGGAGACAAUGAUUGUGUGAUCGUUAUGACGCACCAACCAGACUGGCUUCUGGAUUGGUACGAAGGUGGAACUGAUCAUGUCGACAGAGAGAAUCUCUCAAAUCUUAUAUGCCAAACUUUGAAAGAAAGGUGUAAGCUUCGAAUUGCUGGGGACAUACAUCACUAUAUGCACCACUCAAUGGCUGAAUCGAAUGAUUCAAUUUAUGCACAACAUCUGCUUGUAAAUGGUUGUGGGGGAGCAUUUGCCCAUCCCACCCAUGUAUUUGGUGAUUUUAAAGAAUCUCAUGGAGUGUCCUAUGGAUGUGAAGCUAGUUAUCCUGACAGAGAAACAUCGAGAAAGCUUGGAUUUAAAAAUAUUCGGAAGUUUAAAAAGGAGAAUUGGCAGUUUGAUUAUGUUGGUGGCAUUAUGUACUAUAUGUUGGCCUUUUCUGUGUUCCCACAGUGUGAGCUUCAUCACAUCUUUGAAGUAGACUCCAAGUCGAGUUUCUUGAGGAUUUGUUUCCAUACGCUGUGGAAUGCUUUUAUAUACAUGCUGGAACACUCUUACGUUUCUCUAGGAGCCGUUAUGCUGCUGCUAAUUGUGGCAUUUGCACUUGCACCCUCCAAAGUUUCAAGGAAGAAAAGGGUAGUGAUGGCAAUUCUUCACGUUUCUGCGCACCUAGUUGCAGCUCUAAUUCUUAUGUUGGCGUUGGAACUGGGUCUUGAGUUGCUUACCCGCCAUAAACUAUCAGCAACUACUUCAGACACAUUCAUUUGGAUUAAUAUACGAUAUCAGUUCAUCGCUGUCACGCGGAGCAAUAUUUGCAAGAAUGGGAUGGCAUCUCUCUCUCGAUUUGAGACAAUUCGUUACUACGGUUCUGUCUUCUUUUAUUUCUGGCCCUUGUCGACUUUUGUAGUUUCCUAUAUGUUAGGAUUCUACCUAUGCAUCUGCGUCAGCAUGUUUAACUUGCACUACGACGAAGCCUUCUCCUCUCUUAGGAUUGCUGAUUACAAGGGCUUCACAAGAUUUCACAUCAAACCAAAUGGUGAUCUUGAAGUUUUCACCCUUGCAGUUGACAAGGUGCCAUGGGCAUGGAGGGAGGACCCUGAUUGGCAGCGGGAGAAGAAGAUUGACCCAGAAAGAUCGAGCCACAAAAGAUGGUUUCCUAGCAAAUGGAUGGCAGAUUCUUCGUGCAAGGACCCGUUGGAAAGUGUGAAGAUUAUUGAGCAGUUCGUCAUUGGAAGAGAGAAUAGGCCAGCCAAAUAGAAGAACAAACCUCAUAAUUAUGGUACAACUACUUGUUCUAUAAAUCAUGUCAAGUCGAUCAGCUCAAUACUUAUACAGAGCUUUCAUGCAAACCCAGACAUGCAACUUAAUUAAUCGCACUUUUAUUACACCUUUGGUCGUCGUUAUCUCAAAGUUAUCUUGUUUUACAUGUUGUCAACUAGGAGUAAGAUGAAGUCUAAUAACUCUUUAUGUUCUGCUAUAAAGAGCUUCAGUCUCAAGUGACAUAUUUUGUAUUGGUGUGGCUCCAGCCUCCACCUUUGAGUCCAAAUUGGUGAGAUGCCAAUGAUCUCUUUAAGCGUCAGUCAGAUUAAUUCUAGCGUGAGA